CACACAGCUGAUAUGGCAGCUUUCCUGACUGCUAUAUGAAUUCUCACAGUGUGUGUGUGUAUGUGUGUGUAUUUGUCAACAAGUCUGUCAUGGCCUCAGCUUUAGCCUCAUUACCGGUAAUGAUGCACAGUGCUUACAUCAGACUUCCCAACACACACACACACAAACACACCCUUCCUGUUGAGGCGGUGACAUCUUCCAUGAGUGAAUAAUGAACUUGAGCUUUUUUUUGGCAGCUUCAGCUUCACUCUAUGUCCACAAACAGUGCUGUAGAAGCAAUCCUCCAACAAAUGACCUAAUCACAAGACUGAUAGCUUUGUAACACUUUACUGUAACUGUGUCUCUGUGUUAAAGCUUGCUGUGCUAAGUCUCUUACUGCAGGGUGCUGGAUGUGCAGCAUAGAUGCAGAUUACAGAGAUAAGACCUUAAUGCCCUCAGACACCUUCCCCCCCUCCCCAAUGUGUCCCCUCCAUCAGAGACUCCUCUCAGGCUCGUCCACUCUUCCUCUGGACUCUUGAAGACACAGUGACCCAUCAGCCAGCUACCAUGAAGACAGCUCUCGCCCUGCUGCUGUUUGCCUCUCUGGCCUGCCACAGCCACGCCCUCAAAUGUCACACGUGUGUAGCGUCCAACGAGGACGACUGCAACCGUCAAGGCUCCGCCUCCUGCCCUCAGUACGCCGAUGCCUGCUCCACCAUCACAGGACCCAACACUGUGAUGAAGUCAUGCACAUACAAGGCCUUCUGCGACAAGGCUAAUGGCGGCAAUUCCGGAGCCAAGAUGGAGUGCUGCUUCGGCGACGACUGCAACGGGCCCCACAGGAGCCACAGCUACGGGGAGCACCGCCACAACGGCGCAGGGGCUCUGGCCUCCAGCCCCGUCCUGCUCGUCGCAGCCCUGUUGCUGCGUCUGGCCUUCAGUCGGCUCUAAACUCCUCCCCCCUCUUCUUUUCCUCCGUUGAGCCAUCACCUCUUCCUUCUGUGUUUUAUUAUUAAGUUAUGCAUCCAUCUGUCCAUCCAACCUUUUUAAUCCAUGUUCAAAAAAAAAAAGGAUCUGAGCUGCAGGGAGAUUCAUGUGUUUUGAGACUGUGGUGAAAACAGAAAAGUGUGUUAGAAAGACUGCCUCUGACAGCUGUGGUGGUGCAUUCAAGGAGUGUGGUCUGUCCCGUAAAUACGAGCUGCAUUUCAGCAGCUUCCUUUGUCUAAUUUUGUAAAUUAGCAAAAACGUCAAUAGUGACUUAAUUAUCUAGAGUAGUAUGUUCACUUUCAGGUGAUGCAAAGCUGUAAAGCAUCCUAUGACCCUGAGAGUACUGGAGGUAAAUAAAUGUGUACAAAGUGAAGUACACCUACUCACAGCUCUGGCCUAUAGCUGUUGGGACUUGGGUGUGGUUUUUGUAGGUGCUAGGGUGCCUCAGUGGGUUGCUAGUGCACAGCUCGCUUGACACUAUAGAACCACAUUAUUCACCGACGUUGUUGCCGUGGUAACCUGUAAGAAAACAGGGUAUUUUAAACCCACAAUCUUAGGUUUAAAAGCGUUUUUAAUGGGGUGUUUAGGGCUUGAUUUGCUCACUAUUUUGUGCAUGCAUGCUUGUCUGAA